AUGGAGGGUCUCUUUUUCAACGUCGACUACGGCUACUUGGAAGGCGUUGUCCGAGGGUACAAGGCGGGUCUUCUCAAGCUGAACCAGUAUGUGAACCUCACCCAGUGUGACUCGCUCGACGACAUCAAGCUUCAAUUGCUGGCGUCUGACUACGGCAACUUUUUGGCCAACUACCUGGGACCGAUGACAACGACCGUCAUAUCGGAAAACAUGAACAAGGUGCUCGUCAAGGAGUUCCGCUACCUUCAACAACAGUCGCUGGGCAUCGCGGCUGAGUUCUUGGACUACAUCACCUACGGAUACAUGAUCGACAACGUGCUGUUGAUGAUCACCGGCACCUUACACGAACGCGACCGGCUGGAGAUCUUAGCCAAAUGCAACCCGCUCGGGUGGUUCGACACAUUGCCUACAUUGCUGAUUGCCACGGAUAUGGACUCAUUGUACCAAACGGUGCUUGUGGACACGAAGUUGGCUCCGUUCUUCCAAGGUUGCCUUUCAGUCGACGACUUGGAUGACCUUAACAUUGAAAUCGUCCGGAAUCGGUUGUACAAAAACUACCUCGAGCUGUUUGAGCAAUUCAUCGCUAAAAACUUCAUCGACCCCGACCGUGAGAUCAUGUCGCAGCUUUUGGGAUUUGAAGCCGACAAGCGUGUCAUCAACAUUGCCUUGAACUCGUUAAACAACCCGGACUUGUCCGUUGAAGACAAGUUGUCGUUGUUCCCGUCGUUUGGCUUGCUUGAGCCUUAUCACAAGGACUUGGCGGCGUGUGACGAUGGCGAGCAGUUGAAGCUGAUCGUCGACAAUGUGGGUGUGUACGCCGAGGUAUUUUCUGAGACUGACGGCUCCGGCAGCAAGAACCUCGAGGACUGGUUUUACCUCAUGGAAAUGAAGCUUUGUAAGGAUGCAUUCACCCAGCAAUUCACGUUAGCGUCGGUGUACUGUUGGUUAAGAUCCAAGGAACAGGAGAUUAGAAACGUCACCUGGAUCUCCGAAUGUAUUGCUCAAAACCAAAAGCAAAGAAUCGACAACUACAUUGCGGUAUAUUAG